AGCCAGAAGCUCGCAAGUGAUAACGAUUGGCUGUUGUUUGUAGAGUAACACUUCAGGUUUCUAAAUUGAAAUUAACAUAAAAAGUUACUGAUCACCACCUUAUCUGCAAAAUACACGUAUGUACCAAUAACUAAUGUCUAUGCGUUGGGUUCACCAACAAGUAAGCGGAGAAAGAAGAGUAAUGCUAUGAGUUCGUUGCACUACCAGUUGUUUCUUUUCUUCUGCUUCUAUGCUGCUGUUCAGGCUCCAUACAGAGAAGGCGAUAUCAUGUUGGGCGGACUUUUCAGCGUGCACCAGCCGCCAGACAUGCCAGGGAGCCAAUGUGGAGAGAUAAAUUUGAGAGAACUUAGUCAGACGCAGGCCAUGAUCUUCGCAAUCGAACGAAUAAACAACGACACAAGUCUUCUUUCUAACAUUACCCUAGGAUAUGACGUAAGAGAUUACUGUGCCAUAAGUCAAAGAUCAGGGAAGAUAACUUACGAACUGUUUGAAGAUACCCUCUGUGCUAACUCAGCAGCCGGUAAUAAGACCAAAAGGAAGCCUAUUGUUGCCUUAAUCGGUCCCUUCGACUCCCGCACAGCUUUGUAUAUUGGCGGAAUUCUCCGUAUGUUUAAUGUCUCUGGAAUAAGCGGAACAACAACCAGUGGGGAGCUGAGUUCCAACAGUUAUGCUCAUCUGUAUCGUACUGUGCCCUCCGAUACAUUUCUUGCAAAAGCUAUGGUCGACAUCAUUGAACACUUUAACUGGAGUUAUGUGGCUGCCGUUGGACUUGAUGACUCGUAUGGCAGAGGCGGAGUAUGGUCUUUAGUCAAUGAAGCAACGGCUAGGAAGCAUCCAUUUUGCAUCGCGAUGACUGAGUUUAUACGUCACGAGGCACAAUUUCCUAGCAUUAAGUAUGUCGUUGAAGAAUUGAAAAGCCGCCAAAAUAUCAAAGUAGUUAUCUUAUGGGACUAUUUGCAAAGGUUUAUAGAAGAAGUCAGCAGACAAAACCUCACAGAUCGCGUUUGGAUUUUAAGUGAAAUAUACUCGAUUUCGAAAGAAAACGACUUCAUGGAUUCAAGAUUCUCUGUCUUGGAAGGAUCUAUAGGAUUUCAACAUCAUGAUUACAAUGGGCACGAAUUUAAAGAGAGCCUAAAAACCAUUCUGACGAACGCGAUGACUGAUAAUAUGACUUCAGAGUGGAGUGAUGUUGAGGAUAAUCCAUGGAACUGUCCAGGAUUUCGACAAGUCUACGACAGUUCCAAAUCUGAGCAGCACCACAGCAAUGUUGUUAAUGAAAUCUACAGCAGUUACGUUCCAUACAUCAUCGACGCUGUGUACUCAGCAGCCCAUGCUCUGGACAUAUUGACCACAGAUUUGAACGGCAUCGAUGCCAGUGAUCUGCAGCAGUUUGAUGUGAAUAUUAAAAAAAUGCAAAAGGUCCUUGGAAGAGUAAAUUUUACAGGGUUAACAGGAAAAAUUAAGUUUGACAAAUUUGGUGAUAUAGACUCGGCGUCAUAUGACAUUUUCAGUAUCGAACGAGUAUCAUCCGAGACCAAUGGUCUUAAAACCACCCUUGUAGGGAAAUGGGAAAAUCAUGCAAAAAGUAAGGCUCAGUUAAAUUUUUAUCGUGAAAUUCUUUGGAGGACUGUGAAUGGUGAAACACCAAAAUCUGAAUGCUCGGAACAAUGCCAGCCAGGAACGAGAAAGUCGUCUACUUCACCUUGCUGUUGGCACUGCGUCCAGUGUCCUGGCGGCUCAGUCAACCCUUAUCCUGGCUCUGCGAGUUGUGUUGAGUGUCCUAAGGGUAGAACAGCUAAUCAGGCUAAGACAGAGUGUGUAGCUUUGCCCUCGGCAAACUUAAGCUACACCAGUGUUGGCGGAAUGUUUAUUCUUGGGUUUGCCACUCUUGGUGUAAUUCUCUCAUUUUUUUCUUUCGUAGUGAUUGUUAAAUUCUGGAACAGUCCUAUCGUCAAGGCAUCCAAAAGGGAGUUGAGCAUUUCUCUCCUAUUAUCUGUUCUUUUGUUGCUAUCUCUGACAUUCAUAAAUGUCUUGGAGCCCACAAAUACAAUUUGCAGAAUUAUUUAUCCGGUUCGCUACUUGGCAUAUAAUCUUUGUCUCUCUGUCUUGCUAACGAAAUUCUUGCUUAUCUCGAGCGCAUUUCAGGUUCCAAUAGUGAUCAACUCUCUCUCGGACAGAGUUCAAGUUUGUAUUUUAAUAAUGUUGCAAGUAUUGCUGCUGAUUUUUAUUCUACCGUGGCUUCAACUAGAUCCACCCUUUAAAGUGCAACAUAUUUAUUCCGAACUCUACACUUUUAGUAAGUGCAAAGCAUUCACUAGUUUUACUGGAAAAAGCCUAUUUUCGGUAAUAUGUUUUUAUGUUUUCGUCCAGUUGCUACUAUCCGCAGUUUUUGCCUUUAAUGUAAGGAAAAUUCCUGAAACUUUUAGUGAGGCAAAGCGGACAGCUUUUUCCUUGUACAUAUUUCUGUUGUCCUUGCUAUGUUUUCACCCAGUGGAGUGGUCUAUCGAUGGAUGGUAUGUAACGGUUGUGGACUGUGUCACAACUCUGUUGAGUGCGUAUGGUUUCCUUGGUUGCAUAUUUUUGCCCAAGAUGUAUAUCCUACUAUUCAGACCGGAUCUAAACGUCUUGGCCAACAUUAGACAAGAAGUCACUCAGUUCUCGUUUGGCUCGAACCGUGUUCGUGUCAGACCUGCUGUUGAUAUUUCCACCCAGGAACCCAAUGUUAGACAAAAGUGAGACAAAAGCCUUAAAAUAUUAAGAUAAUAGAAACGAAAAAGUCUCAAAGUAACCAUUGUAACCAAUCGAAAGAAUAAGUACCUUAUUAGUAUGUUUUAAGCGAUAUUUGGUUGAAGUGAACAUUCAUUUCUUAAAGGAAAAACCUAAUUCAAAGGACAUUCAACUUCCAUAAAAUUUUAUGUUUGUUUGUACAAGGUGAUUAAAGUGAACGUUUCCUAAUUGAGUACUGUCUAUCUUUUCUAUUCGAGAUUGAGCAAUUGCCUCUACUACAAGUAAAAAAAGAUUUAAAAUGAAUAGUCUUGUCCUUCGGUGUGGAAUGAUUACAAAAUAACCAAAGUAUAAGAUCACGAUGUACCAAGCUUUGGUGCAUGCUUCUGAAUCCUCCCGAAUCCCUCCAAUAAUUUUAAGGCGAUUAGAAACAAAUGAUUUGUUGAUUGUCAUCUAACACGACAUUGAGUUGGCUUCUUGGACGAAAAUCGCGCGUAAUCCAAGCUAGAAUGAGUAUUCAUUUUAAAAUUUUGCCCUGUAUGUAAUAAACGAGUAAUCGCAAGUGCCUUC